AUGUUAGCUGACACAAUCGAUCGCAGAUACAUAGCAUUCAUUGCCGCCCUUGUCGUCCCAUCUUUUCUAUUAUUCCAAUUCCACGACACAAUACCACUAUCCAUUGCCCAACACCGAGAUGAUGCACCGGCCGUAGCGACAGUACCGAUAAGAACGAACAACGACGUACAUCAGCCGGGCUAUUUCAAAUACCAACCAGAAUGGAAUUGGGAGGCUCCGGCGGAUGAAAGCUGGAGAGGGAAUGCGCGGAAGCUGCAGAACGAUGAGAUAGUCGUCCUGACCGCUAGCGACGGCUUAGGACAUAAUAGCGCAGUUCCAAACAUAUUGGAGAGAGUGCUAGGCGACAGGGAAAAGUACUGUGCGAAGCAUGGGUACACCAAUCUUUGGUUGAACACCAGUAGAUAUGAUAUUGGGGAGGCACACAGAACAUGGUCCAAGAUUCCUGCAGUCGCCGAAGCCUUCUACCUACUGCCAAAGGCAAAAUGGGUCUGGCUGGUCGACACCGAUAUCAUAAUCAUGUCACCUUCCACGUCGCUCGCCUCCGACAUUCUUAGCCCCUCUGCUAUCAAGCACGGAAUAAUGCGCGAUACCCCCAUCCUUGACGGCAUGCUCGACGAGAACCCCACGCACAUUAACACGCCGCGCGAGUACCGCGUCCAAGACAUAGAUAUCCUCGCGACCCAAGACCACCAGUCUGUAAACAGCGGAUCCAUCUUCUUUCGCCGCUCCACCUUCACCCGUAUGCUACUGGAGAUGAUGACGGACCACACAAUGUUGAUGGGACAAGAGCGUCUAGGAGCUGAACAAGAUGCGCUCAAACACCUGAUGUUGGAGCAUGAGCUGGUCAGAAAGCAUGUGGGCAUAUAUCCACAGCGCAAGUUCAAUGCUUAUGUCCAAGGUGGACCGAAUAUGGGCUACCGGGAUGGCGACCUGGCUGUGCAUCUCGCGGGCUGCUGGGUCACCAACAGUUGCAAGGAUUGGUUUGAAGAAUUUUGGGGCAAGAGGGGACACACGGAUGUGUGGAAACCCGAUGAGGCCAGGUGAAGAGCGUAAUUGAACAACUUAAUUUGAUGUAGGGUCUCUCUACAUUGCUGCUAUCAUACUGCGUUGGGAUAAUCUGUUGCGAAGCGCUGCUACCACUUACAUAGAUUCCAAAAAACUACUUUCUAUAGACUCC